GCGCCCGCCAAGAUGGCAGGGGCAGGGGCCCAGCUGUCAGGCGCCGCCGCCGCCGCCCUUCCCCGCAGCUAGCGGCCCGGACGCCCGCCGCGAGAAGAUGAGCCCCCGCUGCCCCCCGCAGCCCAGCGAGACGCGGAGCCGCCGCGCCCGGGGCCGGCUGCCCCGCUAACGCCCCGCGCCCCGCGCCGCGCCCCCGGCCCCGCGCGCCCGCCGCGGCAGCGACAAUGAGUGAACAGAGUAUCUGCCAAGCCCGGGCUUCCGUGAUGGUCUACGAUGACACCAGUAAGAAAUGGGUUCCCAUCAAACCUGGCCAGCAGGGAUUCAGCCGGAUCAACAUCUACCACAACACUGCCAGCAACACCUUCAGAGUUGUCGGGGUCAAGCUGCAGGAUCAGCAGGUCGUGAUCAAUUAUUCAAUCGUGAAAGGGCUGAAGUACAAUCAGGCGACGCCAACCUUCCACCAGUGGCGAGACGCCCGCCAGGUCUACGGUCUGAACUUCGCGAGCAAGGAGGAGGCGACCACCUUCUCCAACGCGAUGCUCUUCGCGCUCAACGUCAUCAACUCCCAGGAAGGAGGCCCCUCCAGCCAGCGUCAGGUGCAGAAUGGCCCCUCUCCCGAUGAGAUGGACAUCCAGAGAAGACAAGUGAUGGAGCAGCAGCAGCAGCGCCAGGAGUCUCUGGAGAGAAGGGCCUCAGGCACAGGACCCCUCCUGCCACCGGGACACCCCUCCUCCGCAGCCAGCGCCCCCCUCUCCUGUAGCGGGCCUCCACCGCCACCCCCACCCCCCGUCCCACCUCCGCCCACGGGGGCCACACCGCCUCCCCCACCCCCACUGCCAGCUGGAGGCGCGCAGGGCACCAGCCACGACGAGAGCUCCGUGUCGGGCCUGGCCGCCGCCCUGGCUGGGGCCAAGCUGAGAAGAGUCCCGCGGCCAGAAGAUGCGCCCGGAGGCUCCAGUCCCAGCGGGACCUCAAAGUCUGACGCCAACCGGGCGAGCAGUGGGGGUGGAGGAGGAGGCCUCAUGGAAGAAAUGAACAAACUGCUGGCCAAGAGGAGGAGAGCAGCCUCCCAGACAGACAAGCCGGCGGAUAAGAAGGAAGACGAAAGCCAAACGGAAGAGCCGAGCCCCUCCCCAUCUCCAGGGGCCCGAGCAGCCAGCCAGCCCCCCAACUCCUCAGAGGCUGGCCGGAAGCCCUGGGAGCGGAGCAGCUCGGCCGAGAAGCCCGUGUCCUCCUUGCUGUCCAGAACCCCGUCCGUGGCAAAGAGCCCCGAAGCUAAGAGCCCCCUUCAGUCGCAGCCUCACUCUAGGAUGAAGCCGGCGGGAAGUGUAAACGACGUGGCCCUGGAUGCCUUAGAUUUGGACCGGAUGAAACAGGAGAUCCUGGAGGAGGUGGUCCGAGAGCUCCACAAAGUGAAGGAGGAGAUCAUUGACGGUGAGUGGAGCCCCAGGCCAGGGCCACACCAGGGAGCCCUAAGAAGGGCAGGGCCGCCUGUGCCCUGGGCCGCCAAGCAGAGGGCCAGGUGGCCCAGCCAGAGGGGCCGUCCCGGGCCAGGAGGCCUGUGGGUUUGUCCCUGGGGCGAUUCAUCCUCACAGUUCUGUGGUCCUGCAAACCCAGGCUCAGAUGGCCCCGUUUGUCCGGUGUUAGCGCCCCCUGGUGGUGGGAUGCCUCAGCCGGCGCUCUUGUGCGCCCCCGGGGCUUCUGGGGGCCACUGGCCUGUCGGGGGAGAAGCACUCCCAAGCCUAGAGCCGCAGCUUGAAUUCUCUCUCUUCAGUAUCUGUGGACUUAGAUUUUGUUUAUUUUGUUGUCUGCCACUUACAGUCACUGGGUUUGGGGUUCUAAGGGCAACUGCUGCCUUCCCAGAGGUUUAGGGGCCCAAGAAGCCGACAGAACGACCAGGCCUGCCCUGGUCCGCCGCCUGCUGGGCCCUGGCCUGGGGAGCAGAUGUGUGGCUCCAGAGGGCAGGGCCUCGUCACAGUGAGUCACCUCCCUCCUUCCGGUUCCUGCCAGAGCCUUUGGUCAGCUGUCUCAGAUCUGGAGCCAGAGCUCAGGAGAGCUUCGGGCAGGGCCGGCUCCGCCCACAGCCGAGCAGGGGGUGUAGCCUGAGCCCCUCUCCCCUCACCCAUCACACCUGGUGGCCGGGCCAGGCCCAGGGCAUCAGGGGUGACCUGGCAAGAGGACUCCAUGAACUAAAAGGUUGGGUGGUGGCCCCGAGGGCUGCCAGGCCCUGGAGAGAGAGGAGGUGGCUGCAGCCUGCCUGGGCAGACCCCGACCCCUGCCACACCCUGUCCUUGUCCCAGCAGAAAGCACUCGUCCCCCCACAGGCCUGGGAUGGGCAGAUAAGGACUUGAUGAAUGAAGAGAAAGAGCGCUGGAGCCAGAAGGGAACUGUUAGCUCCGCUUUAUUGCUGGGCGCUCCCGUCUCAGGAGGGCUGCCUGCAUGCAGAGGGCGCGGGCUGGCAUGGAGCUCGGGGGUGUGGUGGGCCUUGGUCUGUCCGUCGGUCACGGUGGGCACGGCCUCCUGGGAAGCGCGGGAAACCUCCCCUCGUUACUUGGGAAGGGCCCAGCUCUCCGCUCUCUCCUGGCCUCUGGCUCAGGCCCAGUGGGGUCUGUCUGGGCCAAGGUUCACAUUUGGGGGUGACCCCUAAGGGGUGGGGAUAAGGAGGAAGCUGGGGAGAAGAGCCCGAGGAGCCCCUGCCCCUCAUUAGUGCCAAGGCCGUGCGCAGGUGCGCGUCCUCUAACGGGAGGGGGCAGUGCCUCCCUUGAUGGAGAAAUGGUAGGGGAGGCCCACAGCGGGCUCUGCCAUCACCCAGGCGUCUGGCCGGAGCCUCGGGACCUCCGGGAGCCUGGGUGGGGCUCCGAGGAGAAGCGUGGGGCAGAGGCCAGGAAGGACCUGCCUGGAGCCGGGGGGGGGGGGGCAGCCCUGAGCCUCCCUCUCCU